AUGGAACAGGAGGAUCGUAAAUACUUCCUGCUCGCUGCCCGCCGCCGCAAACGAUCAGCCACGAGCAAUUACAUCAUUUCUUGUGAUGCCACUGAUUUGUCACGAAGCGCCGCCAGUUUCGCCGGCAAGCUCCGAUCCAAUUUCGUGGGCACUCAGUUUGUCCUCUAUGGGGGCGGUAAGCGAGCUAACAGACGUCAUGAUGUAUCGUCCAUUGGGCUGCGUUCGCCCGCCAGCUUUCGAUCUACCGGGAGCAGUUGUGAAUUGACCGAGGAUGAUGAUGCACAGGAUGACUCCAAAGAGUUGGCUGCAAUCAUUUACAAUGAUGCUGGUGAUGCUCAGAGCCUCGUCAUCCAGGUGGAAUCCUUCAAAUCUCCGAAACCCCAUGGUCCGCGAAAACGAGGAAACGUGGGUGGUCAAAAGAAUUCUAACCCAAUUUUCCAUAACGCUGCUAGUGCCACUGAAUCAUACCUUUCGUUGCUGGCGUCUGACACACUUGACAGCUUUCGCGCACCUGUACCCAAAAAUGCAAAGAAAGUAACUGCUCCGUCGAGCAGAAAAGCAUCGUGUAAAUCGCCUCCGAUCAUUCAACUGGCACGAACAGCUCGGAUACUGUCGAUGGGCAAAAGGAUUCCCUCUCGUAAACACAGGCGAGCUGUUGCGAAACCGUCAAUACUGUUUCGUCCAUCCGAUCAGCCCACGGACGAAGUGCGCCAGUUUCCAACUGACACAGGGCACACCAACUCGCAAACUUCGUCCACAGGGAUCCCCAAAGCUGCUGACCAGAUCAACCCGCAUACACGGUUGGAUCCGACGGAAAAUUUAGAAGAAUUCGUACUUCAGCCAGCCCCAAAAGGUACCACGGUUCGUUGCCGUAUCACUCGAGACAAACGUGGAGUGGACCGGGGGAUUUUUCCCACCUACUAUGUGCAUAUGGAACAGGAGGAUCGUAAAUACUUCCUGCUCGCUGCCCGCCGCCGCAAACGAUCCGCCACGAGCAAUUACAUCAUCUCUUGUGAUGCCACUGAUUUGUCACGAAGCGCCGCCAGUUUCGCCGGCAAGCUCCGAUCCAAUUUCGUGGGCACUCAGUUUGUCCUCUAUGGGGGUGGUAAGCGAGCCAACAGACGUCAUGAUGUACCGUCCUCUGGGCUGCGUUCGCGUGCCAGCCUUCGAUCUACCGGGAGCAGUUGUGAAUUGACCGAGGAUGAGGAUGCACAGGAUGACUCCAAAGAGUUGGCUGCAAUCAUUUACGUAAGUGGAACACAAUAUGGCGUCGUUUUGCAUCAGUAA